CCAAUACACUCCUAUCACUGUCAACUCUCAAAUAUUACAUGGUCAAAGACGGUCCACUCAGAAUGAACAAGAGAAAGGCAUUAUCAGCAGAAACAGAAAAAGAGAUAGAGACAACAAAUAUGGAUUUUGAGAAGAUUGUUUGGCAAACUCCAGCUAACCCUCCAGAACGGCAAGAUUACAUCUUUCGCAACGGGAGGCGCCAUGUCAAACCAUACUACUUCGAGUUCAUCUCUCAUGUUAACAAAAGAUGGAAUGGGAAAACUAUAGUUGAUUUAUUCACUGAUGAGUUCAGAGGAAGACCCCGCGAUUACUAUGUUAGUGCUGUGAAAUGUGGAAGGAUUAAAGUGGAUGGCAAAAUGGUUGAUGUUUCCUAUAUAGUUCGAAAUUCACAGAAGAUAACUCACUUCCUUCAUAGGCAUGAACCACCAGUCAUGGCAUGGGAUAUCCCAAUUUUACUUGAAGAGCCCGAUGUGGUUGUCAUAUGCAAACCAGCAUCUAUUCCGGUGCAUCCAUGUGGUCAAUAUCGUAAGAACACUGUUGUGGGAAUUCUUGAGGUGGAGCAUGGCUUAGCACCUUUAUUUCCGGUGCAUCGACUAGACCGCCUUGUCUCUGGACUCCUUAUUAUAGCCAGGAGUGCUGUUAAAGCAGAUCAACUUAGGCAACAGAUUAUGGCUCGGGAGGUGCGGAAGGAAUACAUUGCAAGAGUCAUUGGUGUUUUCCCCGAGAAACAGCAAGUUGUGAGUGCAAAUGUAGACCAUGAUGCUCGAGAACAGAGGAGUACUGCGGAGGUUGAUACAAACUCUGUGGGGAAGGCUGCAUGUACAAAGUUUACUAGAGUGAGUACUAAUGGAACUCAUAGCAUCGUGCUAUGUGAACCAGUCACUGGUCGAACUCAUCAAAUACGUGUACAUUUGCAACAUUUGGGUCAUCCAAUUGCCAAUGACGUACUCUAUCUAUCUAAAGAUGUCGCUCCUCGCUCUGAUCAAGCAACUGGUAAUACAGCUGCCAAUACGGAGCCUUCCUCAACAUCUGAUAUUCCUCUUGACAACAUUUCAUAUAUAGUUGUAAAGAAAUUCGAUGAUGAUUUCAGCAUUGAUCCAAUGUGUACCAACUGCCCAGAUUUAGCUCCUAAAGGAUAUGGUGAAAUCGAAGAGGCUUUAUGGCUACAUUGUGCAAAAUACUCGGCCCCUGGUUGGGCAUAUGAGUGUCCAUAUCCUGACUGGGCUUUACUUGAUUAAAUUCAAAACUUCUGUAUCUCAGAAAAUGGAAGGGUAGUUUCUGUUACAACCAUUUAUAUGUAAUUGAUAAUUAUUACCAAUCCUUUAUUUUAUGUCACACGGUCUUGAAUCGCAAGUGUUA